ACAUUGUGCACCAAUAACGCCGACCCUUGUGUAGAACACAAGAGGAUUUCCCAAUUUGAAAUCCUAAUGUGACCUUCCCCGGACCCAGGUAUGCCGAUAUAUUGAAACUUGUGGGGAACACAACCGCCGCCUAGCAAAGUUGUUGACUUCUAUUCCAAUCGGUUGCCUCUGGAGCCACCACCUGAUGGAGUUUCGUGAAUAUCGUCUAGGAUAGAACUUGGAUUCGACCGAGGAAGUUUCGAAGGUGUUCUACACGCUAUCAUCGUUAUGGUCACAAGUUGAUCGAGCGCCGAACGUGGUUUCGCCGAAUCCUCGCGUCGGUCCGCCUGGCCGGGUCUUAGUUUUCCAACUCGUGCUCAUUCAACUAUGCGGAAAUAGUCGGCAGCGUCUCUCGGCUUAAAGUCUUCGACAUAAUUUGCUCAAACCAAUAUCGAACUUCGUGUGGGUGCUCUAUGAUAGGAGCAACCCUAGCAACCGAGCAUGGGCAAAUGCCGCUACCCACCGGGGAUGGUCAUGAACCCCUAAUGAUAUGCUGGUGGUCUAGAUUAACCUAGAUUCAGGAGAUAUAAUGUUGCGCUGCCCCUAUCCCAGCUUAGCUCUAAUCCGGGUGCCUCUCCCAGCACGAUCAGCAUAAAUACUACCGUGUCUCGCUGAUUGCCAAGGCUUUUCGAUUGUCCGCUCCCUUUUUUCUUCUUCUUUUUCUCUAAUAGUAAACUCUACUUACCAUUAGAGUUCAAGAUGCUGUUCUCCCUUCCCCUAUUCCUCGCCCCUGCCCUGGUCGCCGCCCACGGCGCGGUGACUAGCUACGAGAUCGGCGGUAAGACGUACGAUGGUUACCAGGGUUUCUCCCCGGUGGCCGGUGCUCAGGUCAUCCAGCGACAAUGGCCGGACUACAACCCCAUCAUGACGGUCACCGACCCCAAGAUGACCUGCAACGGUGGCACAUCGGCCCCGAUCUCCGCUGAAGUCCCAGCUGGCACCAACGUCACGGCUUUCUGGAAACAGUGGACGCACCAACAGGGUCCCGUUAUGGUGUGGCUGUACUCUUGCGACGGCGAGUUCACCGCCUGUGACGGCAAGGGCAAGAAGUGGUUCAAGAUCGACGAGAUGGGUCUAUGGGGUGACGUCCUCAACAGCAACAACUGGGGUACCGCCCUAGUCUUCAAGGACCUCAAGUGGUCAAGCCAAAUUCCUAAGAACCUCAAGCCUGGCAACUACCUCAUUCGCCACGAGCUUCUCGCUCUUCACCAAGCCAACACCCCCCAGUUCUACCCCGAGUGCGCUCAGAUCAAGGUUACCGGCUCCGGUACCGCUGUCCCCAGCGGAAGCUUCUUGACUUCCAUCCCCGCGUACGCUGCGCAAUCCGACCCCGGUAUCAUGGUCGACAUCUACCAAGGUGGUGGCACCAGCUACAAGACCCCCGGCCCCGCCGUCUGGACCGGUUAAACGGUAGUAGGAUAUGAGCUGGAUGAUUAACGCAUGGCCGGAAGGGAAUCCUGGAUAUUUCAGAGAGCGAUUAAUGAUUGAAAUUCUUUGGAAUACACACAUUUAUAUUCA